AUGACAACAAAUGGAGUAAAAUUUAAACAAAUGGCUACAAAGCUAAAAGAAUUUGGAUUGAAUUCUGUGAAUAUCAGCUUGGACAGUUUAAAAUCAGAACGACUGAUAAAAUUGACUGGACAAGCUAUAUUCAAGCAUUCAAUGGCGGCUGUAAUAAAAGCAGUAGAAAUUGGAUUUGAUAAUGUUAAGAUCAAUUGUGUAGUUAUGAAAGGUUUCAAUGAUGAUGAAUUAUGCAAUUUUGUUGAAUUAACACGAUAUCUACCUAUUGAAGUACGCUUCAUUGAGUAUAUGCCAUUUGCUGGAAACAACUGGGAAAUAUCUAAGUUGUUCUCGUAUAAACAAAUGUUGAACGUUGUACAAACUUCAUAUCCAAAUUUAGUUCGCUUGGAUGGUAAAUCAUCAAAUGUGUCAAAAGUGUAUCAAAUACCAGGAUGGUUAGGCAGGGUUGGUUUCAUCACUUCAAUGACUGAGAAUUUUUGUUCUGGAUGUUCACGUUUGCGUCUAACUGCUGAUGGUAACCUAAAAGUAUGCUUACAUGGAAAUGAUGAAGUUAGCCUAGUGGAAAUAUUGCGCAAGACAAACUUCAGUGCAAUUACAGAAGAUGAUAUUAUUCACUUGUCGAAACUUGAUUCAAAUACUUUCACACUAGUGAAUGAAAUAUAUGAUCAACUUGAUAAAAUUGUGGAUAAAAUUUUAGCUAAAAAGUUAGCCAGUCACAAAGGUGCUAAUCAGCUUGCAUCAAGUGUAAAUCGACCGAUGGUUCGAAUCGGUGUAGUUUGCAUUGGACUUAUUGAUGACUUCUUAAGGGCAUCGAUGCAUAUGUUACAUGAAUCCAAAGCUGGUAUAAAAGGAAAUUUAUACCGAUACUACCCUAUAAAGAAAUAUUUUUCCAGUCUAAAACACUAUCCUCUACAUAUGAAAAUGAAUCAUCAUGUUCUGAUUAAUUGUUUCAAGCGUGCUAUUGAACCAAACUUCUCAAGUAAUUUUAAAAAAUCAUCGCGCCAAAUGAGUAUAACAGAAAAACAAAAUCAUGAUGAAGUCCAAGAAGAUAUGUCUCACUCGCCUAGAAUGGUUGACAUUACACCUAAAGCUAUUAAGUCAUUCAAUGGCGACGGAAACAGACACAAUAUGCUUGCAACAAUACGUUCAGCGAAAGCAGAAGCUUUUAUUUGUAUUGAUGAUUAUUUAAAACAAUUUAUACGCGCUCAGUGUAUUACAAACAAUAGCUCAGAUAUGACUAUGAAUGACAUUGAUAAUAACACUGAUGAUACUCAUAGUGAAGAACUGUAUGAACUCCUAACUCCAAAAGGUGAUGUCUUUACAGUAGCUAGUCUAGCUGGAAUACAGGCUGCUAAACAAACUUCAACAAUUAUACCACUGUGUCAUCAAGUAUCUCUAUCACAUGUUUCAGUGAAUAUUGGCUAUCGGUUAGGAAAGAUUCAUAUACAAUCACAAGCUAAAGCAGUCGGUCAGGCUACUGGUGUAGAAAUGGAAGCGUUAACAGCCGUCUCCGUUGCUGCACUAACAGUGUACGAUAUGCUGAAACCACUACGAAAAGGAUCAAUUAUAAUCGAGAAAAUUGAGCUAUUAGAAAAACUUGGAGGAUCAAAAGGGUCUUGUGUGAAGAUUUCUCCGAAAUAAAAAGUGACUGAUAACCUGCAUAUUUCUUACAUUCCGGUUGGGUUAUCAGAUGGUUCAGGUAUAUCAGGUGGAGUAUGUUAAAGUCUCAGUUUGGGCAGGUUUGAUUUUUCAAAGAUUUUCUAGUGAAAUAUUUCUGUUCAAGGACCUUAACAUCAAGCCGUACAAUCUCAUUUAUUAGUAGUAAAAACUAGAGCGUUG